CAAGCGGCCGCGCGCGGGCGGCGCGCCCCACCCCCCUCCGCGGCUCCUGGGCGCAGCGCCGCCGCGGCCGCAGUCGCACCGCAGAGGUGACCCCGAGCAGCCGCUUCCACCGCUCCCGCCAACAUGGGUGAACCUGUCAGAGUCCUGGUGACUGGAGCUGCUGGGCAGAUUGCUUACUCCCUGCUCUACAGCAUUGCCAAGGGGGAUGUCUUCGGCAAAGACCAGCCUCUUAUUCUUGUGCUCCUGGACAUCACUCCUAUGAUGACUGUACUGGAAGGUGUGGUGAUGGAGCUGCAGGACUGUGCUCUGCCACUGCUCAGAGAGGUCAUUCCAACAGACAAGGAGGAAGUUGCAUUCAAAGACCUUGACAUAGCGAUUCUGGUUGGCUCCAUGCCAAGGAGAGAGGGCAUGGAAAGGAAGGAUUUACUCAAAGCAAAUGUGAAAAUUUUCAAGUCUCAGGGUGCAGCCUUGGACAAGUAUGCCAAAAAGACUGUCAAGGUUGUGGUAGUUGGGAAUCCAGCAAAUACUAAUUGCCUGAUUGCAUCAAAGUCAGCUCCAUCUAUACCAAAGGAAAACUUCAGCUGCUUGACUCGUUUGGAUCACAACAGAGCCAAAUCUCAGAUUGCUCUGAAACUUGGUGUGACUGCUAAUGAUGUGAAGAAUGUCAUCAUCUGGGGCAACCACUCCUCCACUCAAUAUCCAGAUGUCAACCAUGCGAAAGUAAAUGUGAAAGGAAAGGAAGUUGGAGUUUAUGAAGCUAUAAAAGAUGACAGCUGGCUGAAGGGAGACUUUAUCCAGACUGUUCAGCAACGUGGAGCAGCAGUUAUUAAGGCCAGGAAACUGUCCAGUGCCAUGUCAGCUGCCAAAGCUAUCUGUGAUCAUGUGAGGGACAUCUGGUUUGGUACUCCAGCGGGGGAAUUUGUUUCGAUGGGAGUCAUUUCUGAUGGCAAUUCUUACGGUGUUCCUGAAGACUUGCUAUAUUCAUUCCCUGUUGUGAUCAAGGACAAGACCUGGAAGUUUGUUGAAGGUCUUCCUAUUAAUGAUUUUUCUCGUGAGAAGAUGGAUCUUACUGCUAAGGAGUUAACUGAAGAGAAGGAGACUGCUGUGGAAUUCCUGUCCAGUGCAUGACUAGGUCAUGAGGAAAUACAAAAUCAUUUAAGAGUGGAAGAAUCUAAGAGUCGUCUUUAGGUCUGCUACCAAACACUAUUACUGUAUCCAAGUCAACUGUCUGUGGCCAUUGUGCAUUUUAAAGUUCAUAAGCUUACUGGUACUGUUGUGCCUCUGGAGUUAUUAGCAAAAAUGUUAUUAAAGAAGUAAAACUAGUUUGUUGACCAAACUUUUUGUCUUUUCAAUACUAGUUGCUUUCUGUGUAUGGUACAAGAUAAUUGUUUGCCUCGGCCUUGGCUACUAACGCACAAUCCGGUUAGAAUUUGGCACUAUUGGAACACGUCCUAGUCCGUAAUCACUUCAGCAUCCUAUGGCUCAACUGAAAAUAAACUUAGAAUGUAAUUGCCCUUGAACCAGUAGUUCAGUGAGUCUAUCACUGGACAGACUUCAAAUAUACACAGUUCACUGGGGUAAUGCUUACAAUGUUUGUCAAUAGAAAUAUUAAAAGUUGCUUAAUCACA